CCGUGACUGGCAGUCCUUAGGUAGAGAAUUGAAGUUUCCCAAAACUACCCUGGAUGAUAUUUCAGAUGACAAAAGCAACCAUACUAACAAAGACAAAGCCCAUGCUUUGCUUAUCAAGUUCAUGCAACAACAUGGAAGUGAUGCAACCAAAGCCUGUCUGGCGGAAGCAUUGUUCAAAAUAGAAAGGCGAGACAUUGCUGAAAACCUCAUAGGCAAUGAGCAUUUUACUAGUAAAACAUCGCACGAACAGAUAUUCUUAUUUAAAGAGGAAGGAAGCUUUAAAAUCCCUGGUGAAAAUGGACAGGAUGUAAGAUUCCUCACAUGUCGGAACAUCCAGAAUGGCAAGUUGUACCUUGUAAGGGAGCUGACUGGGACGAAAUACGAAGAAUCCUGCAAAGCAUUGAAGCAACAGGACUCUAUUGCCGAUUCCAUCCUAAGUUCCCUUGAUGUCCACGGUAUCGUGGAGGAAGAAAGACAGAAAAAGGAAAACCAAAAGUUUAAAGAGGCCCAAGACAAGAUAACGGAGCUCCUAAAAAAUUGUCANGCCGAUUCCAUCCUAAGUUCCCUUGAUGUCCACGGUAUCGUGGAUGAAGAAAGAAGAAAAAAUGAAAACCAAAAGUUUAAAGAGGCCCAAGACAAGAUAACGGAGCUCCUAAAAAAUUGUCAGGAGCUAACCAACCGCAUUCAAAACCAGGAGAGAAAUGAGAAAGAAGUCUUACAACAGUUACAUGAAGAAAAGACAUCUCUUGCAGAAAUGCAGAGGCUAGGUACAGGUUUGCUGCAGUUAACUGGCAUUGUCUCACAUUUGAAGGACCCAUUUCCUCUUCAGGCGCAGAUGUACAGCUUUUCUCUCGGGCUGCGUGCGAUACUCAAAGACUUGCAGGAGAGAGUGAAGGUUCUGAAAGAAAUGGCUCCCAGCGGCGAAACURAAGGAAUUGAGAAAGUGCUAAACCAAUGUCGAAACCUGAGUAAGGAAAUCCAAAUGAAAGAAAACCGUUUUUUAAAACUCUCCAAGGCGGAUAAUCUUGAAGGCCAACAGCGUCYUCGAGAUGAGUGCUCGCCCUCUGCUCCGCAACCAAGAACGAGUGGGUAUCCUGUGGAUGUUCCUGAAGUUAGGAGAGCAAGCACCCAGCCAGUCUCUGAARGCGAAUUAAGAGCAUUGAGAGAGCAGGUUGCUCCCCCACCAGACCCUUUGGAG